GCGAGGCGCACACUGAAUCGGCAGUAAUCUACCGCGCGACACAUUCAUCCACAUAUCAUAAUGUGAGAGAAGCAGUUAAACUGUAAAAUGUGCUGUUCGAAAUGGGACCAUCCUCGUUUGGCUCUUUUAUGCACUAGAUUUGUUGAGCAGAAGUGCAUGAAGACCUAUGGAUAACAUGCCGCGCACUGGUCAACUACAGUACAUACACUUCGUGACGCGCGGAUCCUCUGUAGGGAAAUGAGACGAGUGAAAAGUUAGACUACAUGAAAAUGUCGGCGACUCAUGCCUCACCUUUGCCCAACAAAACUUACCAAUAUGAGGAUGUGGACCAGGAUAAGGGCAACUGGCAGAUUAUUUUUGGCUUAUCAUUUGCCAUUGCAACUGUCACUUGCAUGGGAGGUUUGUACUCGCUUCUGUCGCUACUUAGGAUGAGGAGUAAGUCUUCCCUGUGUAUGAUAGUGGCUUCACUGUCCAUAGACGACCUGAUCAGCGUCGUGCCGCUCACGCUCUUCAUGAUCCUGCAAUGGAGGAGCGGAGACGCGAACCGGUCGGGCGUAAUGUGCACCUUAUCCGGACUCCUCUAUGUUUUCCAAGGGUUGUCGAGCAAUAUGAAAGCCUGCCUCAUGGUUGCCUACACUUUUUACGUGACAAAGCGCUUUGGAGUGUAUCAGACACCUAACCGGCCUCUCGGGGUGUUCGUGGCGGUGCUCGCGGUAUGGACGGUCAGUCUGGUGGUCAGCGUCCUGCCCGUGUGCGGUUGGGGUCGCUUCGCCCCCGCGUCUCUCGGCUGUCUCCCUGUGAACGACAGCUUCUACGUGCUGCUUCUCUUCGCUGUUUACUCACUGUGUUUCUGCGGGCUGGUAGUUUGCUCGGUUCCUCUGAUAUAUCAACUCAUGUGCUCCUCAGAGGCCCUAAAGGCAUUUUACCCGAGCUAUUUUGAAAUUGCCGGCUCGGCGCCGUUGUGUGAGAUACCCUCUCUUUCACGGGAUAGCUUGGAGAAAAGUUUAGGAGCCUACAAUGAAUUCAACACGACCACAAGCAAAACGGAGACAUAUUCUCUCUCAUAUUCACCGGCAACCGGUCAUUUUCAGAAGGAUGUUUCGCAGAGUGCACGGCAUUCCCCUGUGUUUUUCUCUCAGAAACGCUUCUCGAUGAUUCUGGCCAUGGCUCGAAUGGUUUUGUGGAUGCCAAUGAUGACACAGAUCUUGGUGAGUCACGCUGUUCACAUGCACAGCUCGUCCUUGGAGACUCUCUGUUUUUUCCUGACCUUGCUCUCCGCAGCGGUCACCCCGGUCUUCGUGCUUUCAGAGCGCUGGAUCCAUCUGCCGUGUGGCUGCUUUAUCAACUGUCGCCAAGGUUUAGGAUCCGAGCUCUCUGACGCAAAGAAAAGGAGAUUUGAAUUCAAUCUCUCCUUCCAGCAAGGCUAUGGCAUGUACAAGAUCUCCCACGCCAAGUCGCCGUCUAUCGAGAAACCCUCGUUUAACAGUUUAUACAGUUGCGAUUUCUCGGAGAGCAGGGUGGCAGUGCUAGACAGUGGUCAGAUCGGUAAGUUCAGCACCACGGCAGCGGAGGACAGCUCCCUCCACAGCGAGCUACUACUGGAGGAGAGAGCAGACGGCCCGCCUCAGAGCUCCGUGGAACGAGACGGAUCAUGCAGCGUCUCUCCUCAGGUCUCAGUCUGCUGUCGUGAGGAUCUUAACCUUGACAACUCGUCCGUCUUCGAUGGCCCAGAAAGGAGACUAUCCCAUGAGGAGUGUCGUAAGAUCGAGCUGACGGACUGGGAGUGGUGCAGGAGUAAAUCAGAAAGGACUCCGAGACAGAGAUCCAUGGCUGGGUUGGCCAUUCCGUUAUGUGCCUUCCAGGGCACAGUAUCCCUCCAUGCCCCCACGGGAAAAACACUGUCCCUCUCCACCUACGAAGUCAGCAGUGACGGCCUCAAGAUCUCCCCUAACAACACCAAAAAGGUUGAAGUGUACCGUUCCAAAUCAGUGGGUCACGAACCCAGUGCGGAAGAGCCCAACUCCGACAGUGGGGGUGUUGGAGCUGGAGUCGGUGACACCAAUGUGAAAAUCCACCUAGAGGUUUUGGAGAUCUGCGACAAUGAGGAGGCCAUGGACAGUGUCUCCAUUAUUUCCAACAUCAGCCAGUCAUCCACACAUGCACGUUCACCUUCGCUACGUUACUCUCGCCGGGAAAAUCGUUUUGUGUCAUGUGACCUGGGUGAAACGGCAUCAUACUCGCUGUUGAUCCCUACCAGUAACCCGGAUGCUGACAACAUCAACAUACACAUUCCAGAUACGGUGGAAGCACAUAGGCAAAACAGCCGAAGACAGCACCAGGAGGCUGGAGGGUACCAGGAAGAGAUACAGCUGCUCAAUGAAGCCUACAGGAGGCAGGCAGAUGACCAAGGGAACUAACACCAACAGAUACAUUAGGGUACACAAAUGGGCUGAGAUGGCCCAGGGAAGAAGUAUGGAAUGUUUGCAUGGAGAAUUUAAAGCUUUGGAGAAAAUACAGUUAGCAGCAAGAAUAUCAGAGGCUGAAAUGGGGAAAUACUGCCUGUUUCAAAGAAUCACAAGAGAGAUAUUGUUCUGCCAAGCUGUUUGCUUUAGUAAGCAAUUUUGGUGUAAAAAUAGGCUGGAAGCAUUAUGUGGUUUUCAGAUUUUGUAACUGCCUUUAAGAUUAAAUGAGAGUACCCACAUCUUCAAGGUAACGCACAGCAAGGAAGGGCUCGGGGUUUGGAAAGCGAGAUGAUUUAUCUGCCAAAGUGCAGAUAAAAUGUGCUCGGAGGUAAAACAAAUCUCAAGAUGAGGUUUAUGAGACAGAGAGAGAGCUUGCUCGGAUGUGCCCUUAGUUUCAUGCCUCAGCGAGGAUAGAUCAGAGGGUUAUGAUGCGGAUGGUAACUUUUAGAUUGUGAGAAGUGGAGCUGUCAUGGUAUGAAUGAAGUGCUGGAGAAAAAGGCUGAAGUCCUUGAGCUGUUGACAUAUAGGCUAAAAUAAAGGUUAUUGAAGACUCGAAAGAGGAAUGGGCUUUACUCAUCUUUUUAAUGUUCUGGCAUUUAUUAAAUAUAAAUGUAAGUGAACAGAUAGAGAGGGUUGAGGAGAAAGCUGAAUAGAGGAGGAUAAAUUCUGUUAGGUGUGUGUGUCUGCAGUGCUUGUGAGACAGACAAAGAAAAGGAUUGCGAGGGUGUGCGGAGAAGAAGCAACUAAAAUAAAUGACGUAAUUUAAGUAUUCUAGCUCAGGCACAGACCAUACGGCAUACUGAAAAAAAAGAUGCCAAAUGUGUACGUUGCAAUUUUGGUAAAAUACACAUUACAUUUUGUUUCUCUGCUCAAGAAUUGCUAAUAACACAGUUGGGGUGUAUUUUCUCUCUGGCUAAAUGUACACUUAGUAUGUGUGAAUUUAUUGAUAGCUGUAUGUAUGCUUGCUCCUGUAUGUGGGAAUUUGUACACCUUCUUUCUUGUUCUAAAGCCAUGCACAUAUGUUAUGGUUUAUCAAAAUUCCUGAGCUUGACUUCUGAGACAGAGACAGAGAGAGAGAGAGAAACUUUCACAGAUGUAAAAGUGAGAAUGAUGCAUAGGCCUAUUUUAUAUGUUAAUGUAUGUGCAAAUGAAUGCUCGUUUUUGAGUCACUUAGGAAUCCUUUCCCCCCAUUUUCAGUGCAUUACAUUUGCAAUCAGAAAUGUGACCCAGGCCACUCACUUGCAUUUAAUACAGGCAUAAAUGUAGCUCUGCAAUGAAACAUUCAUGGACGAUUCCAUGGAUGCCUCAAAACUAAGAUUAAUGCAGGCUCUGACGAUUCUGCUUAUUUACAUUGAAGCUUUGCCAUAUUAAUAUAGCCUAUAAAACAGUUAUUUAGAAAUGUGAAAAUGAAAUACAACACAUUCAUAGAGGUGCACAUAGCUAUCAGAACUAUUAAUAAUCAACUGCAGACAUUACCUUAUUGUUUUGUUAUUUUAAAAUGUCAAAUCAAAGUGUUUUUCUUAUGUAUGUAUAUUGUGUAUUCAGAAAAGCAGAUCAAAAUUUGUCUUUGUGUCAUCAAGCAGCAAAAUGCUACAAAAUAUUUGCAUCUCUUCUCAUUAAAGAUUUAUCUGCAGCAAACAGCCUUAUUCAAGAGUUCAGAUUAAUUUAUUGUACUCCCAUUUGCUCUUCGCUGAACUGACUCCCAUGGUAUAUACACCGAUCAGCCACAACAUUAAAACCACCUGCCUAAUAUUGUUUAGGUCCCCCUCGUGCUGCCAAAACAAUGCCAACCCACAUCUCAGAAUAGCAUUCUGAGAUGAUAUUCUUCUCACCACAAUUUUACAGAUGGUUAUCUGAGUUACCGUAGACUUUGUCAGUUCGAACCAGUCUGGCCAUUCUCUGCUGACCUCUCUCAUCAACAAGUCAUUUCCAUCCGCAGAACUGCUGCUCACUGGAUGUUUUUUGUUUUUGGCACCAUUCGAUGUAAAUUCUAGAGACUGUUGUGAGUGAUAAUCCCAAGAGAUCAGCAGUUACAGAAAUACUCAAACCAGCCCGUCUGGCACCAACAAUCAUCCAUGCGAUUAUCUAAUCAGCCAGUCAUGUUCACAUCAACCAUCAGAAUGGGGAAAAAAUGUGAUCUCAGUGAUUUAGACCAUGGCAUGAUUGUUGGUGCCAGAUGGGUUUGAGUAUUUCUGAACUGCUGAUCUCCUGGGAUUUU